GGGCUGCUGAGUGAGCGUGUUUGUGUGUGAGAGAGAAAGGGGAAGAACGACGACUGUGUAGAGAUCGGACAGCCAAAAUGGGUGGAGGAAUGGAGGCCAACAAGAACAAAUUCGUUGAAGAAUGGGGCACAGUGAGGGAGAAUCUGGAGCAAAAUUUCCGAUGGACUCGUCGUAACCUAGCUCUUGUUGGAAUUUUUGGCGUCGCAAUUCCUUACUUGGUGUACAAGGGCAUCGUCCGUGAAUUUCAUAUGCAAGAUGAAGACAACAAGAGACCCUACAGGAAGUUCAUGUGAUUCCUACCUCUAAAAAUGGUAUUUGAAUGAAUAACAAACAUGUUGAUGGAAAGAAUCCAGGUUUCUUUUCACAAACUAGAUGCACCUCUUUCAAUCAGUGAUUUUUGUUUGUAUUGAUUGUCCAGACCCUUCUACUUGGAGACUGUAUACCAGUUUACUUGUGUUUCUUGUUUCCCUUUUUCAUUUGCAGCAGUUGAAAUAAGAAACUGCUAUAUGCUCUUACUAUUAUCAUAUACAGAAGUGAGUGAUUGUAAUUUUUUGUUUUACAA